AAAGAGGCGGCGCUGCUGCUGCUGCUGCUGCUCGUCCUCUCCCACUCAGCGGCGCCGGCUCAAGGCAACAAUGGGGAAGGCGGAAGUGGCGGCUUCGGCCCGGCGGCCUCGCAGCCUCUGCCCAGGGGAGGCGGCCGGGCAGCGCUGAGGGGCCGGCGGGGCGUCUCUCCCUCUCGCUCCCGCGGUAGGACGCGCCGCUGCUUCGCCCCAAGCGACGCCUCCGUGGGCGGGAAGCGGCGGCUUUGCCUCUCCCUCUGCCCCGGCUAGGCUCCCCUUCAGUGGGGAGGGGGGGGAGGCAUUAGAGAACCGCAAGGGGAAGCAGCGAGACAGGCCUCGCCCGGGCGGGCGCAGGUUUCACUCAGCAGGAGCCCCCUUUGCCCACCUCCCAAUGGUUGUUUUUAAAUGCCGCUCUCUUGGGGUUUCCCCGCCCCACUCCUAGGGCGCUGGGUUCGUCCCCGAGGCUGUGGGGGAAGCGCAGAGGGUGCUUGCUAGGGAGGGAGGGAGGGAGAGGGAAGUUUCCCUUGGGGACUUUCUCCCUGCUCCUUUAAAUCCUGCAGUGCUGCUUUCUGCCCUCUGCUCCACCCCGCCACUUUUUAAAAAGCAAAGGGGGUAGCAGGUGGAAAUCCCGCUGGCCAGAGUCAGAGCAGGGGGCUUAAGAUAUAAGCUGCGCCCUGAACACAAGUGCAGGGAGACAGGGCUGAUGCUAGAAAGAGAGGGGGAGGGAAACAGUGCAAAUGAAUACUGAGGACAUAAUCGAAGCUAGAAUCUUGCCCCACUUGUUAGGAAGCUGACCAAGGAGCAGUUGAGACCCUUGUGCCUGUAUGUCCUCAAAGGUCUGUCAGCCUAAAGUGAGCUGCCUUAGUAUUAAGUGUACCUGCCUGUAGAACAGGUUACCUGUGUCGCUGUUGCUGCUGAAGACCCCCCACCCCGGCCGACAGUAUGUUGGCUGAGCAAGCCCAGAAGUGGUUCCCAACUCACGUGCAGGUCACAGUCCUGCAGGCCAGAGACCUGAAGCCGAAGGGCAAAAGUGGCACUAAUGAUACAUACACAAUCAUACAGUUGGGAAAGGAGAAAUACUCCACUUCCGUGGCAGAGAAGACCCUGGAUCCUGUAUGGAAAGAAGAGGCCUCCUUUGAGUUGCCCGGAUUGCUGAUGGAAGGGAAUCCUGAGAAAUACGUCCUCUGCCUGAUAGUGAUGCACAGGUCACUUGUUGGGCUAGAUAAGUUUCUGGGACAAGUGGCAAUAAAUCUGAAUGAUAUCUUUGAGGACAAGCUCAGAAGGAAAACUGAGUGGUUUAGCCUGGAGUCCAAACAAGGAAAGAGAACUAAAGACAGAGGAGAAAUAAAGGUCAAUAUUCAGUUUAUGAGGAACAAUAUGACAGCAAGUAUGUUUGACCUUUCAAUGAAGGAUAAAACUAAAUCUCCAUUUGCUAAACUAAAGGACAAAAUGAAGGGUCGAAAGACUGAUGGAACAUUUUUGGAUACAUCCUCUGCAAUCAUUCCAAGCAGUCACAUGCCAGAAACUAACACUGUAACUUCCCUUGGUGAAAUACAGUUAAAAUCUAAACCAAAAAAGCCUUUCCUGUUGGGACCUCAGCGACUAUCUUCAGCUCAUUCAAUGUCCGAUUUAACUGGGCCCCAGGUGACUUCGGAAAAAAUUAAAUCGGGCACAGUUGCCAAUGCAUACCUCUUCAGACGUCAGCUUGAGUCUGUUGGUUCUGCGGAUGAAAGUGGAAAUGUAAAAUCUCCGCACAGACGGACGUUAAGUGCAGAUACAACUAAAGUGAGUCAGCCAGACAGCACAGUUGAUGACAGCGACUCAGCUUUUGGAGCACAAAAUGACCCUUUUAAAAAUGUGAGUGCUUCGUUGCCUCAGAAGUUUGCCACCCUGCCAAGGCAGAAGAAUCCAUUCGAAGAAAGCCCCAUGUCAUGGGACCAAAACGUAGGUCUGUUUUCAAAACCUGCUGAAAUAAAAAAAGACAUUAAGAAAGAGAAAAAGGAGAAGGUUAGUCUCUUUGAAAGAGUGACUGGGAAAAAAGAUAGUAAGCGGUCUGACAGACUUAGCAAUGGAGGAUCAGAUGCUUCUGCUGAUAUGAAAUCACCUAGUGCACUCGGCGAAAAUCAUCAGGACAGUUUUGAUUUUGAUUCAACUAAUCCCUUUACAACAAGCUUCAAGCCAACAAAAGUGCUGCCAUCUUCUCGUUUUAAUGUGAAUCCUGUGCAUAUCGAAGACCUCAGGAAAACUGUGGAUGCAAAUCCUUUUGAUGCUGCUGCAGGGUAUCGUAACCUUACACAUGAAGAGGUCUUACAAGAAUUAGUGAAACAUAAAGAACAACUGAAGAAGAAGGACACCCAUAUUCGUGAACUUGAGGACUAUAUUGACAAUCUUCUUGUGCGAGUAAUGGAAGAAACUCCUAGUAUUCUCCGAGUGCCAUAUGAACCUUCUCGGCGAGCUGGCAAAUUUUCAAAAAGCUAAGCCAGUGCCAACACCCGAUGGUAUUUCUUCAAUAAGGUGGACUGCUUAUUUCAGUGUUUUGAUAUCUUCGCUUCCCUUUUUAACUCUUUACAUCCUGAGAGAGUUUUACUCCAAAUACUGAUUAGUAUUGUCAAAACUGGCAACCCACACACGAGCUGCAUAACGCUUUUUGGAAAAGUAAAAUUUAAAUUCCAUUUGCUAUGAAACAUUCCUCUUAACAUUUACAUGCAGACGUCUUUUGUUUUGCUUUUAAAUUUUGUAGUAACUUGUAUACCACUAUGAGCUACACAAUCCCAGACACAUACUUGAAUAUUUAUUUUGCACUUCAGUCAGUCUCUUUGAUGUUACAGCAUGCUGUCUAUGUGUAUGCGCACAAGCGGGAUGUGUUUUGCAGCUCUAAACACGAAGGAAAAUCUGAAGAUGUGAGAUUUUAUUGUUAGCAUUUUAUGACUAGGAAUCACCAGUAGAGGAUUAUCAGUGAGGAAGUGUCAUGUGUUUUUACAUAAGGAUGCUGACAGCAAUGGUUCCUGAAUGGAAUGUAUUUGAAGCAUUUGUGCCCAAUAAGAGUCAGGGGCUUUUGAAAUGGCAAGUAGCAAUUUAUUAAAAUUGGUAUGGAUACUAAAUAUGAGGACAUGGCAUGCAAAUAUGCAUUAAGUAAAGAAAGCAUAGGAAAGUGAUGAAUGAAUACCUCAUUUUCUGAAAGUUUAUAUGAAUUAUGGGAGAUAAUGCUGAUGGACACAUCAGCAUUUACAUAUUUCCUUGGCUUUUGCCAAAUUUGGGGAAUGGAAAUUGUGUGCUCGCUUGUGUUUCCCAAUCUAGGAGAGUGCUUUUUAAAAUGGGGAGUUGUUGUUCUUUUCUUAAGUACUAUAUUCUGUGUCCAAAUCAAAUAUUGACCUUCACUUAAGAGUGACAGAUGUAUUUGGUUAAGCAUGUCUCUUGACUAGGUGACAUUUGUGUAUAGUGUUGUGUGCCUGUUGCAAAGUAGCAAAAUGCGAUUCUAAUGGGAAGCACUGCCAUGAAGAGAAAGAUAGUUUGCUAUACAAGUAAUAAAAACUUUGCAUUGUUUUAAUUUGCUUUAUACAAAACCUUAAACAGAAUGUUUGCUAACAUGAAGUGAAAUAUAGGUUUAAACAUAAGGUACAUGAAGUGUUAAGAAGGUUUCUUUUUCUUUUGAGAUUUUCAUUUUUCUUGCUUGUAAUCUACAUUUCUCAAAUAUAGACCUAAAGAGGGUUUCCCCCUCCUUUUAGACUGAUAAAGAAUACUAAUUGAAAUAGCUCUAUUUUUUUGUUGUUACCAGGUCAAGAACCUUUCCUUAAUCAAAACAUUCUUUUAACUAAAAUAAUAGGGCAGAGCUGUCAUCAGAAUAUGAUGGAAAGGGGAGUGUUUCUAUUAUUGAAUAUCCUCAGCCACAUUAAGCAGAAUAUUGUGCCAUGGACAAAUUCAUUUCCACUUUCCUAUAGCAAUUUUGUCAUUCCUAAUACAUGAGUAACUCUAAAUGUUGGUACUGUGUCUUAGAAGAACAUGAAGAUCUUUUUCUGUAAGUCUGUGUACUUUCACUUUAGAUGAAUACCAAAGGAUACAUAUUCUAAGCUAUUUUUGUGUUUUAAGGUUAACUACUGUGUUUGAAACAGAUGCUUUACCAUCAUCAUUUAUACCAGAAUGUAUUUUAAAAUUCCAUUGCUCACUUAAAGCUUGCAGAUCCAAAGUACCAUACUUAAUGACUACCAUCCAUGAUACUGGAAAUUACAGGGCCGCUGAUGUUUAACUUGAACUUCCAUUAUAUGCAAGUUCAUUAUGUGUCUUCAAUGAGCAUUCCUCAGCUACAACAGAAGAGUAUAAACCACAGAAUUCUGAACUCAUGUUAAUUAUUAACUCUUUUAUUUUCAAUCACCUUUUGAAUUACUUCUGUUAGCAUCUUAAUGUGAAAGAUCAAACUGUUUGACUAUAGAGCUUUUCUCAUACACAGAGUUAACAAGAACUUUAGUUAACAUUUUGUGAAGGGUUGUCGUGUGCUUUCAAUCUGAACUAUAAGUGAAUUCAAUUACCUUUGUAUUUCCAAUAUUUAAGUGCAAAUAUCAGAAACAAUGGCAAAUACAUUCGUAAAAUUAUUAUAGUUAAAACAGAAAAAUACAGUGUUUAUAAGCAACAAAACCUCUUCAUAAUUUGUGACAAAAAGUGACUACUGGAAAUAUAACUUUGAAUACUGAUCCAUAUUCUCUGAGCAAUUCUGAGCUACACUGUCACAGAAAUCAUAGGGUAGGCACAGGAUUGUCCUGUACAAAUAUAUGCUUCUAGGAGCAAUGACCAAGGUUCAGCUAUAAGCAGAAAUUAGGAGAGGCUGCUUAUGAAAGGAGGGUGGUUGUUCCUGUACCACCUCGGCAAUUCACAAGGCAACUCUGGCCUGAGAAUAACUUUGGUGAGAGCACACUCCAGUAUUUGUAUGCCUUCAGAUUCUAUGUUUCUAUUUAAACUAUAUACAAUAUUCAUUUUAUAAUAAAACACUGCCCCCCAAUAUUUUUUUAUUUACCUGUAGCAUUAAGCAAUUUCUGCUGAGUUGUUUUAGGAGCUUCAAAACCCACCCUUUCAUGCCAUGUACAGUUCAUCACCAAGAUGGACAGUAUUGGGAAUGCCCACAUUUUACUCAUCCUUCUAUUCUCUGUCUUGUGAAAAAUUAGCAUGAAGGGCUUUUUGGCAAUCGUACUUUAUUCCUUUUCAAAUUGCACUGCCUAAGAGCAGAAUGGCUAGCAUUUCUUGUAAAGUAUAUGAAGGCCAUUCUUAGGGUUGUAGCUAUCAAGUGAAAAGUUACUACCAGAAAGAAUGUUUAGUGUUAUAUUACUUUUCACUGCUGUAUUUUAAAUGUUUAUGUUGAGCUUGAUUGCCACUUUCCAAUGAAUGUAGACUUAUUCAUAGAUUAUGCUUAGCUACAUCUAUUGUUGUUUGCUGUAAAUCAAGGGCUAGUUGUAAUGUUCCAGCUGUUAAAACCUUGCCUUGUAUUUGAGCGCUUUGUGAAUGGGGUCAUAUCCUCAACUGAGCAUUUUAACGAACCGUUAUUCCCACCUCCCACCCCAAGCUCUUCGCUCAGUUAAAAAGGAAACGUAUGUCUUAAAAUAUAUUUACUGCUGCAGUGGAACAUUAUUUACAACUAUAUAUUUUUAAAAAAUGUAACUUAGGCUAAGGGUUUCUCCACAAGCUGAGCUCUGUGUGUCCUUAAAAGCUGUAGAAGUGGAAGAAUUGAAAAUGUAUGUAUGUUUGUUGUGUGUCGAAAUUCUUUGCUCCCAAGCAACUAAUGAAGGAUUACAGCACCGAUAGAUGAACAAGUCUGUUGUGGGUUCUGUUAAAAUAUUUUUCUCCCAGGCGUUCUAAGGGCUGAGCAGGAGAAGCAGGUUGUGCAGCAGUAUGACCUGCAUUCUGACAUCCCUAUUUAUGCGUGUCCAAAUUGACUCUAAAUCUAGGUACCAUUACCAGCAGUAUUAUGCAACAGAUACAGCACUUUAACCGAUUGACUUCUUUGGUGAAGAUUCUCAGAUUGAUAUCUAUCAAUUAAGGUACCUCUGCCAGCAGCAUUGUUGGCCAUCACAUAGUCCUGUAGAAUAUAGGCCUCUUCAGUUGUUACCUGCUAUCGGGAGCUCAGCUGUGACAUCUGCAGCAGAGAACCUUCUUUAUUCAUGGCGGCUCCUUGUGUGACUUUACAAACUGCUCUUCCAGUGCUUACAGUACAGAUAAAUUUGUGCGCAGCCACAAGUAGUGCAGCAAUGGGGUGGGACCACAUGCGCAUACCACAACCCAUUUGUAUAUGUCCCUUUUCACAUGAGUAAUGUCUGAAGAGCAUUUCUAUGUUCCGGGAAUCUGCAGCAAAUACAGCACAUUCUGUUCUGAAUUGAUUGCAACUGUAUUUAGUACAAUAAGAAGCUGUACUAGAGACUUACAACAACUAUACAAAAGAUAUGCGCAUGUCUUGGAUAAAAGAGGGUUCCUUUGUUUUUGUGCAAUGACUAAUCAUUUGUACGCAUUUUCCCCUUCCAAAAUUAAAAGUCACAUCUUAUGUGACACCUGUAUAUAUAGAAUGAUGAAAUGCAUGAACUAUCAUUUUGAUUGCUUUUGUAAACUUGAACAUGUUUUAUUUGAUCAAAAUUUGUAAUCUUAAUUUUAGAGAUUCACUCCAGUUAUUGUUGCAUGUCAGACAUCAAUAAAAUGCUACUGUGCACUCCAUA